AUGUUUUGUGGAGUGAAUUAGAAGAUGUAAAUUAAUAAAUUUGAGAUUAAUAAAUGUGAAAGACUCGGAGAGGGUAGCUAAGGAUAAGUAUAUGAUUGUAUUGAUACUGAAAACCGAAGUAAUUAAUUAUGUGCAAAAGUUAAUUCUAUUAAUAAUUUAGAUAGUGAAUGUUUCAGAUAAAAAAAGUUUUGAUAAUGAAAAAUAAAUUCUUGAAUAGUUAUUAUAAAAAAAAUGUAAGAAUUUAGUGAGCAUACAUCAUCAUUAUUACAAUGAAAAAACAAAUGAUUUAAUUAUUAUUAUGGAAAAAUGUUAGUCAACAUUAAAGGAGGAAAUAAAAUAAAAAAAAUGUUUUUCUGAUUAGGUAUUAGAAGAUUUCUUAUGUUAAUUGUUAUCUGGUUAUCAAAUUUUAUAUAAUGCUAAAAUACUUCAUAGAGAUUUAAAACCAGAAAAUAUUUUGUUAAAGAAUGAAUUUGGAAAAUAAAUUUAUAAAUUAACAGAUUUUGGUAUUAGUAAAUUUUAUAGUGGUGUUGCCUCAUUAGAAGUAACAAGAAUAGGUACUCCAUUGUAUAGUUCUCCUGAAUUAUCAGGAGGAUUAGGAACAUACAAAAUAGAGGAAUAACUCAUAAUUGAUUAAACUGAUCAAUUUCCUUAAAGUAGAAGUGAUGUAUUUUCUGUAAAAUUUAUUAAAUUUAUUUUAGCUUGGCUUAAUUCUUUAUGAAAUGAUUACAGGAGAAUUACCUUUUAAACCUUCCAAAUCAAUAUAAUUUAGAUAAGAAUUAAAAAAUAACCCAUUUAAAUUUAACACCAAACAUAGUUCGCAAUAUAUUGAUUUAGUUGAAUAAAUGAUCAAGUAUAAACCUUCUGAUAGAAUUUCUUUCCCUUAAUUAUUUAAUAGAUUUCAAAUUAAUUAAUAAGUGGAAAAUUUUUUAAAUUUUAAUAAUCGUCUUCAUACUUUAACACAACCUAAAUAAGACUCCAAUAAAAAAGAUAAAUAAUAAACUACUUUUUUGUUUUGUUAAUAAAGUCCAUAGUAAGACACAGCUUAAAUUAAAUCAUAUAUUUCUCCUUAAAAAUAGAAUUAAGAACAAUUAGGGUCUUUUUAACCAAUGAAAAUCUAAUAAAAUGCUUAAGCUUAAGUAUUUUAAUAAUAAUUUCCAAACUAACCUUAAACUACUUUUAUCUAAAAUUAACAAUUUUUUCCCUUCUCCUAAAAUUAAAAUUAAGAAAUUAAAUAAAGUAACCAUCCAUUACCUAGGUAUUUAAUGUUUCAUAAUUUAUGUUAGAUUUAGCACUAUCAAUCGAGAAACAAAUGUUAGUUCAUUUUAAAAUAACAAUUAAUUUUAAAAUAGCAACCAAAAUAUUAAUGUUUAAUAAACUAUAAAAGAAUAUAUUGAUGAUAUUUUGUAUGAACUAUAAUUUAAUUAGGAAUAAUUAAUACUUUUUAAUGAAGGAAGAAAUAUAUCACGAGCUUAUAAAUUUUCCAUAAUUAAGUUCUCAGUAAAAGAAUUAAGUUGA